CCUCGUUCGCAAAUCUUCACUCCAACACUUGCAAUCACCGUCGAAUCACUCCGCCCCGUCCCAAAAUAAUUAAUUUCCUCCCCUCGGAACGGUGCGCGGUCGAAAACGAUCAAAACCGCAUCGAUCACGCGAAACCAGAUCCGCACCACUAUAUAGCCGUGCUCGCCGUCCAAAGUGAACGUCGGCGGGAUCGUGUGUCCGUGAGGAGACAGGUUGGAGCGCCGGCGUCUAUCAAUCCUAAGGGGAACUUUCGCGGUUGGAUUCCUUGGGGCAGUGGUGGAACCCGUGUCUACGUGUGUUUCUCGCUAUCCUGGGAAGCGUGUCUUUCGUACGAGGAAGGCGGGUCCAAGGGUUCGCGAUGGCGGAGGGCACGUGAGCCCCGACGGGCGCAUGCGAACCAACCCUAAAGCUUACGGCAAUCGAGAAAGGAUCCCUCUCUCUCUCGCUCGCUCGCUCGCUCAGCGCCAUCCACUCUCUCUCGCUCCCUCGUUCGAGCCUCGCCGCUGCCUCGACCCGUUCUAGCCCCCUCGCGUGCCAGUCUGCACCGAGAUUCCGGCGCGAAUCGUCCUUUAUUCGUCGCGGCGUCACGCCAACUCCUAGAUGGAUGUUGCUGAACCGCGUUCUCGUGUCAGCGAUUUGCAUCGUCGCGCGAUUCCUCGCGGUCUGUCCAGCCUUCGUGGAAGGACGGCAAUCGAGGAAUCUGGAGAUAUUGGGGCAAAUAUCGGGUCACCAUCACGGAACGCAGUAUGCAUCGAUGUCGGAAAAUUACAAGAACAACUCAGACUUGCCCAGGUUCGCUGAGGAAAUCCAGAACGUGACCGUGAGCAAAGGUCGAGAUGCUUUGUUAGCCUGUAUAGUGGACAAUCUACGAAACUUCAAAGUGGCAUGGGUGCGCGUCGAUACGCAGACUAUCUUAUCCAUCCACCAUAAUGUCAUCACGCAAAAUCCACGGAUCUCGUUGUCGUAUAACGAUCACCGUACAUGGUAUCUUCACAUAAAAAAAGUUGAAGAAGUGGAUCGUGGAUGGUACAUGUGUCAGGUGAACACAGACCCGAUGAGAAGUCGACAGGGUUAUUUGCAGGUUGUAGUGCCACCUUCCAUUAUCACGAAGGAAACCAGCACAGACAUGGUUGUCCGCGAAGGUUCAAACGUGACAUUGACAUGUAAAGCUUCAGGAUAUCCGGAACCUUACGUCAUGUGGCGAAGAGAGGAUGGGAAAAACAUAAACUACAAUGGAGAGAGCGUGAAUGUCGUGGAUGGCGAGGUGUUGCACAUCGUGAAGAUAAGUCGAUUGCACAUGGGAGCAUACUUGUGCAUCGCUUCGAACGACGUUCCACCGCGAGUUAGCCAACGAAUAUCUCUUCGCGUGCAAUUUCCUCCUAUGCUUUCGAUACCAAAUCAAUUAGAAGCGGCAUAUAUUGGGCAAGAUGUCACGUUGGAAUGUCACACAGAAGCUUAUCCUACCUCGAUUAAUUAUUGGACGACCGAACGUGGCGAUAUGAUCGUCUCUGGCAAUUACCAUUCUAUUGCAGGCGAUAAAUAUGAGGCGGUGUCCACCGACAACGGGUACAACAAGUACAUGAUGCUGAAGAUUAGAAAUGUCGGCCCGAGGGACUUUGGCUCGUACAAAUGCGUGGCACAAAAUUCUCUCGGUGGAACUGACGGGGACAUUAAAUUAGAUGAGAUUCCAGCACCAUCUACGACAUCCACGACACCGCCACCCUAUCACGUGACUACAUCGAUGAAGAAGAACGAUUAUGACAGAAAUUACAAUCCGCCAUCAAUGAGGCCGCCAGGCGAGCUUCCGGUCGACGCUUUAAGUCCGGGUGUCUCCCAUCGGGCUCAGCUCGUCCUUCAUCUUUUGGUGAGUCUGCUGUCACUGCUUCUUCCAGCCAUCAGAAGGUGAUUCUCACGUCGCGGGAACGGGGCUUCCAGUUCUAGUGUUUAUUGGACGGUGACCAGACCGGAGGCGGCUGCUACCAGUUUCCGGUACGCCGGCUCCGGCUGGAUGAUGGACGAGUGCGACGAAACAAGGCGCGCUUGAAAUUAUUUUCAUACUAAACGUAGACGUAUACAGAGAGCAAAGAAGAUAUAUAUAUAUAUAUAAUAUAUAUAAAUAUAAAUAAAUAUAUAUAUAUAUAAAUAUAAAUAUAUAAAUACAAAAAAAAAUAUAAUAUGUUGUGUAAGUAUACUUACAGUGAGUAUGAAGGAAAUUCUUAGGCUUUUAUUGAAUGACGAUGAUUUUGUGGCGCGCGACAUCUUUGCAUAUUCGAGAAAAGACUUCAUCCUCUCUCGCGAUGCGUGAAUCGAGGUUUAGAAGAAAAUAAGGGGGGAGGGGGGAAUGGAAGAAAGAAACUUUUCGUAUCGACUAGACGAAUUUUUCUGAUUGCGAACGAGAGGGAUUUAUCGGCCAAUGUUUUUCAGCCGGUUUCAUCCGCGACACGUCGAUAUUCCGAGAAAAAGAUUCAAGGGUUGUGUCGUCUCAUAUUAACGCGUUACCGCUUUAAAUGUUCCGCCAAAAACGAGUUUUAUAAUCAAACGUGUGUCGCGCGAAUUUUUCUCCAGGCGACUGAGAAUCAUUGGCCCUGAAAAAAAAAAAAGAGUAGUUUCGUUAGUUUCGUAAGAAUGCGCAAGUUGUCCGAAGUCAAACGAGAAUCGAGAGCGUUUCGAAUUUCUUCGUUUAACCUACCGUGUAAAUACCAUUGAUUUUGAUAAAUCUUUGAGAUUUUGUCCAGCGUUCCAGGUAUCUUCUUUCCGACGUGAAUUACUCACGGUCUCAUUUCAUUAUCGCUGUAUCGUUCGCGUUGCUUAACGAACAAAAAAAAAAAAGAAAAGAAAAAAAAAGGAAGGAAAGAAAAAUCACCCUUUUGUAUAACACACUCCCUUCGCGAGAACGUUGAUUCGUUUAAUUACCAUAAAGGAACAAUUAAAUUGUCCUGGUAAUAAAUCCCAAAAACCGACGAGAUGACAGAGUACGUAAAUUCAUUCGGCGAGAUAAGAAGAUAAAAAAGUAUUAUUUUCAGACGACUUUACGUACUCUUCAUCUGAAAAAAACCGAUCUCAUUGCUCGUUAAACGAACAACCAACACACCUCUUGCACUCUGAUUGAAUUAAUGUUAUUGGAAAUUGAGAAUUUUAAAAAUAAUCAAUAUUAGAUUUGAUUGGACGAAUUUAAUGAUAAGAUGAACCUUUUCAUAAAUUAAUUUUGAAUAGCAAUUUCAAAUAUUUCAAAAGUUUUCCAAUUGAUAUCCAAUAAUUAUCCAAUUUCAUAUAUUGUCGUCCUCGUUCUUAAUCUUACACCUUCUAUUACCUUUGAAAAAACAUUUAAGAUUCAUAAAAUUCAAUAUUAACAGUUACACGAUUGCUCUGCAAUGAAAUUUUUAUACUAUGACAAGUUUUUGAUCUUUGAAUCAAUGAUAUAUUACUUAAAUAUAUUACUUAAUUAGAAGAAAAAAAAAAUGGGGUAAGAAUGGAGUUAAGAACCGCUUCGACGACAUAAUCUACGUAAUUUAUAUUUCGUCAAUUGACCAAUGAUAUUAAUUUUUAAAUUAUUGUGCAAGAGGAUCAACAUUCCUCAUCGUCCGCGUUACACGACUACGCGAUGGAUAUUAGUUGUACUCUAGUCGAGCGAACAAGGCACAACUGUAUUUCGAUACAUGUAAUAAUAUAUACGUACGCAUGAAAGAAUAAAUGAAAGCAUAAUUAUAACAUUAUACACAUGAACAUAUACUACAUAUAUAUAUCGAAUCGUAGUUGUGUUGGGAUACAAAAGCGCUCUAAAGUUUCAUGAUGAUUAGCUAUUCGAUUGGCGAAACCGUGCAUGCACUUGAUGCGAAAAUGCUAGUCAUAUAUAUACGUAACCAAUAAAAUAUGGCGGACGCGUUCCAGAAUGCGAUUACAGUACUCUCUCUAAAUAAAGCUCCUCUAAAUUAAACUUCUUUCUCGUCCCAACAUUUUUCCACGACACCAUUUUCUCUGAAGAGUUCAUAAAAACGAAUGACUUUUGCCGCGAGAUUCGUCAUAAUUUCAUGACUCGAUCUUUUCUUCAUGUAAUUAUUCUGUAACGAAAUUACAGAUAUAACAUAACGUUUCAUCGAAGAAAGUAUAAAUUUAAUCAAAGAAAGAGAAAAAAAAGAAAGAAAUUAAAAAAGUUUUUAAAAGAUUUCUACCCUUUUGAAAAAAAAAACGAAUUUAUAUUUUUUUAAUAUAAAUUUUCCAACUAAAAAACAACUCUUUAAAUAGAACCGCGGAUGGAAAGUAGAAAUUUAAAAAGCAAGUUACCGCUUUGAAAGUUUGUGCAAAUUUUACUCGAGCUAUACUCGCAGGAUAUUGGUGGAGAUAUUAUAUUUCCUGGAAAAAUAUUUCUCUUCGGUAUCACGAUCAGUUUAACACACUUAGUGUGGACGUACCCAUUAUAGAGAUUCCCUACCUAAGGAACAUUUUGCGAUACAUAUAUCAAACGCGAGUGACGUAUUCAAAUCAAUGGCUCGUACGAAACGUUAACCAAUUGAUUUAAAUCCAUCGCUUAAAUCGAUGUAUGCAUUGCAAUUUUUUAUUUCUACGAUAUAAAACGUGUACAGCUGCGUCAUGAGUCUUUUUCUAAAAAAAAAACGUAGAAGAUAAAAUAUAGGAAAAAUAAAUCAAGUAAAUAUUUUAUACCUUUACUCGAGUAAAGAUGUUUAUCAUCGGUAUGUACAACGAUUUUAAACUUGAUGCAUUUUUCGCCACUUAACAACUGUUUUUUGCAUUUAUAAAAAUUAAUAAUAAUAAUAACAAUAAUAAUUGAUAUAAUAACGGCGCUUUUCGAUUUUUGGUACCGCAUUUAGCGUGUCGAUUUAGAGGGAGUAUUGUACAAAAAAAAAAAAAACGAGCGUUUUGCGUGUCACCGCUUGUAUUUCUGAAGCGGGGAAACGCCGGUAUAGUGAUGAUGUUGCGUAGCCCCGAAUCAUCGAUCGGACGGUGUCUUCGUACAAAGAGAGCUUCGUCGUUUCAGUUUUAAUUAUGCAUCAGAUACAUCAGUGGGAGAUCUGUCCUCCUAUUACGGCUACAUAAAUAUAUGUCGAUGACAAUAUUUUUAGCUUUAACGAGACUUAAAGUAGAUUUAACGAUCUGUAGAGCGAAUAAUGCAAGAGGAAAUUCAAUUGAACCGUGAAUGCAAUUUUUGGAUAGAAUCCAUGACCCAUUUUUCUUUUGUGGAUGUGUUACUUCAUUCUACAUCAACUUCUUGUAAUCUACUUGAUUCGCAUAGUUUCGUGUAAAUACUAGAGAAAUAGGAAGCUUUCGAAAAUAUUUUGUAACUAUAUCUAUUUGUAAACGGAAGUUUCCCCAAGUCUAUUUCGAGUUUCGUUCGAGUCUAUCGUGAAGGUGGUAGAAAAGGUUAGUUUAUGCUGCACUCGAGAAGUAUCGAAUCAUCCAUCUUUAUUGGAAAAUUUAUAAACGGUUUUUCCUUUUCUAGAAAUUUUUUUAUUUUUGAAAACAAUCCUUCGAUCACUAGAAAAAAAUAUAUCGGUAAUAAAUAAUGAUGGAUUAAACGCAUUUUUCUCCUAUGGUCAAAAAAUCCAUCCUAUUUAUUUAAAUUGCCAAUAUCUGAUAAUUUCCAAUUACAAAUGAUUAAAAAUUCAUUUAGAAUUAUUUUCAGAAGAAUAAAAUUUAAACACUUUUAAAAAAACUAAUUCAGAAUUGAUAGAAAAAAAAGACGAAAAUGUUCAACUUUGCUAUAACAUUUUCAAUCGAUUCAAUAAUUUUAGAAUAUUUCUCUAUAAUCUCCACAAAAGAUAGGUGAUUCGAAGCUUUUUCGACGAACUGUAUGUUUAAAAAAAAAAAUCAACGAGGCAUUCAAUUUUAGAAUCACGUAAUUCGGAAUUCGAUCGUUACACGAAUGAUAAGGAAACGCGUCUUCGCCGAUUGAUUGUUCUGUAAAUAUUGUAGAUACGUUAUGCUGUGAUCAAUACGAAUCGUCGUCUGUUAAUCGCUGUGAUGAUUCGAGGCUGCGAUUGUUAAAGCAAAGUGCAAAGAAAAAUGGCGAGUGUUGUGAAUAAGCGUAAUAUUAUAAGCGACCGUACGAAACGUUAUGGCGAUGAUCGUGUGGAAACAUCGUUUAGUAGAAGAUGAAAAAUGACAAGAAAAAGAAAAAAAGAAAAAAAACGAAUCGAGGCUACAGCGAUCAUAGAUAUGUCGUAUUGAAUUAUUAUUAUAUUAACGUUAUUAAUGUAUCGUGCCCGAUAGUUUCACUAUGUCGUACACAAUUUUUAUUGGAUUUGCGGCGAUCGAACAUCGAAAAUAAUCCGUGGAACCGAAGAAUCAGGCGUAGAUAGUGAAAUUGUCGGUCUGAAUAUCUUAAUAAAUCGAAUACAUGACUGCCAUUAUAAA